CUUGGCAACCUUGACUAUCUGGCAACCCCACAGUUAUUGAUCUAGGCGCGGUCACUCGAUUUUCGAGGGAAAAACAUCAUCUGAUAAAACGUUCUUCAGUGCAGAUUUUAAACUAUGUGCGAAAAAGAAUCAUUUAACAGAAUUCUCCAAAAUAAAACUUUCCUCUUGGAGGCUUUAUCUGAAGAUCCCGAUAUCAUCUUGCAGCAUGUGCAGGAGGCUGAACUUAUUACACUCCGUGACUACAGGAACCUCUCAGAUAUUAAAAAAAGAGAGGAGAAAGUCAUCAAACUACUUGACAAAAUCAUGGGAAGGGGGGAGGAAACUUGUCACCAGUUUAUAGACCUUUUAAGACAGGACUUGAUAUUGGAAAUGUAUCCAAAAUUAAAGGUUCAUGCCAUUACUGCUCUUCCAGCCAUGCCACACACCUUUCCAGUGCAGGAGGUCUCUCAAUACAAAAUAGAACAAAUUCCACGUGGUAUCUGUGUAAUCAUCAAUAAUGUGGAUUUUGCAACAAUGGAUGUAAGAAGGGGAUCAGAUGAGGACCAAAAGUGUCUUGCCGAAGUAUUCCGCUGGCUGGGGUUUGUGGUGGAGGAGCACAGAAAUAAAACUGCAGCUGAGAUGAAGUAUCUCCUCAAGGAUGUGGGGAAGACAGUACAUGGAGACUGCUUUGUGUGCUGCAUCCUCUCCCAUGGCAUAGAGAAAGGAGUCUGUGGAACCGAUGGUGCUGUUAUUUCUGUCGAUGAAAUACGAGAGCCUUUCAAUGGCAAUAACUGCCAGAGGCUAACUGGCAAGCCCAAGCUGUUCUUCAUACAAGCAUGUCGUGGGAAAAGAAAUCAGCAACCUGUGCAAGUCCAAGCGGAUGCUCCAGAUGAUGGAGAGUCAGAGAUGGAGGAGGAUGGUGAUAAUUUUGAUAUCACAAUCCCGGUUGACACGGAUUUCCUUAUUGCCAGGUCAACCAUUGAUGGUCAUCUUUCUUAUAGAAGCCCAAAAGGGGGCUCCUGGUUUAUUCAGUCACUCUGCCGAAAUCUACAGGAGCUUUGUCCAAUGGCUACAGACAUCCAGACCAUCCUGCUUCAUGUGAAUAAUGAGGUUAGUAGUCAGGGAUUCAGGGGCAAACAGAUGCCCGUCCAAGAAGUCGCCAUGAGGAAGAAGCUGGUCCUGCUGCCAGCGUGAACCACUGAAAGCUCCUACAGCAUACGGCAUUGCUUGAUAUGAAUUAUGGUUUUAAAUAUUUAUAAUGUUCUUAAAAUUUGUUUUUAAAUCAGGAACGGCACUGGUUACUUGAAGGGAAUCAUGAGCCAUUUGAGAUAAAACAAUUUUUUAAGUUUUAUAAGUAACUUUUUACUGCAUUUUUGCAUGUCAUUUUACUGUCAUUUUAAUCUGUAUACAAUUCAUAUACACCGAUCCAGGUAUUUUACAAUUAAAUAGUCUUUAAAUAUGGUAAUUUAAUACAUUUAGAAUAGAAUGCAUUUUGAUAUUAUAUUACUCAGUCAUCUGCAAUGCAACACAUAUGCAUAAAUAUGUAGUGUAGGAGAACAGAAAAUGUAUGCAUCAAAUGUAGAUUUAACAAAAGAGCUGUUAUUACUACAAACUAGUUUGUGAUUAAUGCAUGAAUUAAGCAAGAUAACAUGAACCUAAUUCAAAUUCUCUACAUACUGUAGAUGUGUUAAGACGUGCCAUCAACUUGAAUAAUUCUGUUGUGGCAGUACUUCCUCCUCAAGAUCAGUAUUCUCCUCUUCCUGUAACUGCAAUAAUAAUCUUUUAAUUUAUGCUAAACAGUAUUAUGAGAAAAAAACUAACAAAUUAACCAUUUCUUUUUGUCAUAGUGUGCUAUUGUUAUGGUGCUUUAUCGGUGCAGUAAGACACAAACCCUGCUGGUUUUAUCCCAACUUGUUUCACAGGGAACAGUUUUCUACUAUGCACUGAAAUUACACACUAAUUGUAACAUAAAAACACAGCUUUAUCAUUCUGAAAUGGAUAUAUAUAUAUAUAUAUAUAUAUAUAUAUAUAUAUAUAUAUAUAUAUAUUAUAUAUAUAUAGAUAUUAUCAUAACCAAAAUGUGAAUAUUAGGACCUUUUAAAAUGUAAUUCUCGGGCAUUAAUUAGAUCUUAAAAAGGCAUGUCUAUAGUGACUACAAAUAGAGCGUUUCGCGCGUAAAGAGCGAAUGGUGCUUUUUGUGCAUUUAGCGUUUGACGUGAAUUCGCGUCUGCCGCCCGAGUUGAAAAAUGUGAACUUUGGCGUCAAUUCGUGCCGCAUUAACCAAUCAGGAG